UUGCUUUUAUAUGUACUCUGCUGUCUGUAUUAUUAUGACUUUAAUUGUACUCACUACUUUUAUAGCUCGUUUAUAGCUAGAACCUUUACUAGAAGUAUUGUAUACCUGUACUGAGGGUAGCUGCAUAAACAUAGCCAAUGUGAUGAAUUGCUUGCUGUGGAAGUCAGUCACUGUCCUGAGCCUGGUUUGGGCUGUUAGAGGACAGAGUCAAUUUAAUGGAGACUUAAGGCUGGUAGAUUUUUCAGGCUUCCCAGGAGGCUCCUCUGGCAGACUAGAGUUCUAUUACAGUGGACAAUGGGGGACAGUGUGUGAUGAUAGCUUCGGCUCAAGUGAUGCAAGAGUGGCUUGUCGCCAACUGGGGUACCCAGACUAUACUCAGUAUGGACGAGUUGGAACAUUAGGUUUCUCCGAACCUUCAUCAACCACUCUGAUAUGGCUGGACGAGCUUCGUUGCUCAGGAACUGAGAGCAGACUCAUUAAUUGCCCUGCUAACACUAUCGGAGUUGAAGAUUGCUCCCAUUCAGAAGACAUUGCCUUGGUCUGUACUGAAAUUAUUUCAGAUGGGGACCUGAGGCUGGUAGGCAGCUUUAGCCAAACAGGAGGCUCCUCUGGCAGACUGGAGGUCUAUUACAGUGGACAAUGGGGGACAGUGUGUGACGACAGCUUCGGUAUAAAUGAUGCAAGGGUGGCUUGUCGUCAACUAGGGUACUCAAGUUACAGCCGAUACGGAACAGUUGGACUGCUAGGUUUCUCCCCAGCUUCAUCAGCCACUCGGACAUGGCUGGACAAUCUUGGUUGCUUAGGAACUGAGAGCAGACUCAUUAAUUGUUCUGCUAACACUAUCGGAGUUGAAGAUUGCUCCCAUUCAGAAGAUGUGGCCUUGGCCUGUGCUUUGGAUGGAGACCUGAGGCUGGUAGGCAGCUUUAGCCAAACAGGAGGUUCCUCUGGCAGACUGGAGGUAUAUUACAAUGGAACAUGGGGGACAGUGUGUGAUGACCUCUUCAGUGCUAAUGAUGCAAGAGUGGCUUGUCGUCAACUAGGGUUCUCAACCUACGCUCGAUACGGAACAGUUGGAGCGCUAGGUUUCUCCCAACCUUCAUCGAGUACUACCCCAACAUGGCUGGACGAGCUUCGUUGUUUAGGAACUGAGAGCAAAUUAAUUAGUUGUUCUGCUAAUGCUAUCGGAGUUGAAGAUUGCAGCCAUUCAGAAGAUGUGGCCUUGUUCUGUGGUACUACAACACCGACUUCUUCACCACCAUCAACCAGCUUCUCUGGGAUCAGCAUUGGACUGACUGUUCCUGUCAUCAUCAUCAUAGUUGUGGGUGUCGUCUUAUUUUCUGGUUUCGCAAGGAGACGUCGUCGUCUGGGACGCCACCCAUGCAGGAUUCCCGUAGUCAAUAACGCCACGUCGACAGCUGUAGUCGUCACUACGUCAAAUACACAAAAUACAGCCUAUCCCGUGCAGCAACCCAUGGAUCAAAAACCCCACUAUUCGAAUCAAGCCCCUCCUCAAAAUAUGCAACCAGCAGCUGCCUACCCGACUGGACAAUAUACUGACCCCCAGUACCCCACGUCCUAUCCUCAGCAACCCCCAGCCCCCUAUCCCACAUCCUACCCUCAGCAACCCCCAGCCCCCUAUCCCACGUCUUACCCUCAGCAACCCCCGGCCCCUUAUCCUCCUGGAGAACAACAACCACCUGCUCAGUACCCCAUUGAACAACCACCUCCUGCUCAGUACCCCACUGGACAACCUCCCUCUGCACCAUAUUUGUAUGCUGGAGAAGCCCCUCCAGCAUAUCCGAACUAAGUAUGGGGACUGCCCACCACACAAGUGGUGAAUUAAGCUUUAACACAAAUUUUGACUGAUAACAGUGAUAGCAAAUUUGAAUUAAGCUUUAACACAAAUUUUGACUGAUAACAGUGAUAGCAAAUUAAGUAUCUGCUGUAUAAUUAUAUUGAUGUCUCGUUAUUUUGUAAAUAUGGUAGAAAUAAUUUUUUCCACACAAAAUGCA